GCCCUAGGCGGCGCCAUGUCGACGGGUGGCCCGUGCCCGGCGGGGGCCAGUGGGAGCUCCGGGGGUGCCUCCUGCGCCGUGGGGGUCUCCCCGGGCGGGGUGUCCAUGUUCCGGUGGCUGGAGGUGCUGGAGAAGGAGUUCGAUAAGGCCUUCGUGGAUGUGGAUCUGCUCCUGGGUGAGAUCGAUCCGGACCAGGCAGACAUCACCUACGAGGGGCGACAGAAGAUGACCAGCCUGAGCUCGUGUUUCGCGCAGCUUUGCCAUAAAGCUCAGACUGUGUCCCAAAUCAACCACAAGCUAGAGGCCCAGUUGGUGGAUCUGAAAUCUGAACUGACAGAGACCCAAGCAGAGAAAGUUGUCUUGGAGAAAGAAGUUCAUGAUCAGCUUCUGCAGCUGCACUCUGUUCAGCUUCAGCUUCAUGCCAAAACUGGUCAAAGCACUGACUCUGGUACCAUUAAGGCAAAAUUGUCUGUCUCCUCUGUGGAGGAUCUGGAGAGAGAGCUUGAAGCAAACAAAAAAGAAAAAAUGAAAGAAGCUCAACUUGAAGCUGAAGUGAAAUUGUUGAGAAAAGAGAAUGAAGCCCUUCGCAGACAUAUAGCUGUUCUCCAGGCUGAAGUUUAUGGGGCUAGACUGGCCGCCAAAUACUUAGAUAAGGAGCUGGCAGGAAGGGUCCAGCAAAUACAGUUACUAGGAAGAGAUAUGAAGGGACCUGCCCAUGAUAAGCUUUGGAACCAGUUAGAAGCUGAAAUACAUUUGCAUCGUCACAAGACUGUCAUCCGAGCGUGCCGAGGACGGAAUGACCUGAAACGACCGAUGCAAGCUCCGCCGGGCCAUGAUCAAGAUUCUUUAAAGAAAAGCCAAGGUGUUGGUCCAAUUAGAAAAGUUCUGCUCCUUAAGGAAGAUCAUGAAGGCCUUGGCAUUUCAAUUACAGGUGGGAAAGAGCAUGGCGUUCCGAUCCUCAUCUCUGAGAUCCACCCAGGGCAGCCUGCUGAUAGGUGUGGAGGGCUACAUGUUGGGGAUGCGAUUCUGGCAGUCAACGGGGUUAACCUCAGAGAUACAAAGCAUAAAGAAGCUGUAACCAUUCUUUCCCAGCAGAGAGGAGAGAUUGAAUUUGAAGUCGUUUAUGUGGCUCCUGAGGUAGAUUCUGAUGAUGAAAAUGUGGAGUACGAAGAUGAAAGUGGACAUCGUUACCGCUUAUACCUGGAUGAGUUAGAGGGAGGUGGCAAUCCUGGUGCUGGUUGCAAAGACCCAAGUGGGGAACUCAGAGUGUUACAAGGCUUUAACAAGAAGGCCGUGACCGAUGCACAUGCAAACGGAGACCGGGGAGCAUCCAGCGAAGGCCCCCUGGAUGACAGUGAUGCUAAGCUGGAGGAUCUGCACAGCCUGUAUCAUAAGAAUUCUCACUGACACCACUGCUUCCAGACAGAUUGUACUCAGACGAUGCUGAAUGGGGACACUAGGGAAGAUGGUGACAAAGACUAGACCAGAUCAGGGGAGGCUAUCGGUUGCCUAAAAGAAAGAUAUGGUACCUCAGGGUUUCAUGUGAAUAAUUACUUCUAAAAGCAUAACAACUCCAUCUGCCCUGGGGUUUACCAUAAUUAGCGAUUGCAUGUAAAGCAAUUUUGAUUUUCUUAAAAUUGUAAGCACCAAAGCAUGUGUUCCCCAAAGUGUAUCACUAGAUUCUUAAGUACCAAACGAAGCACCGCAAUCUUAUUUGGUUCCUUUUUUAUUGAACAAAAGGACAAUGUAAACUGUAAUUUCAUAAGAAACAGCCCUAAUUACAAGAGAGUGAGUUCAUAUGAUAUAUUCCAGAAUAUUAAAUGUGACAUCUUUUAAGGGCAGAAAUUGAGUCAAUAGAUUAUAGAAGUGUAGGUUUGACUUAAUUUUUUUUAGCUAGUUUUUUUUAAUUUACUCUGCAUUCUGAUACUUUAAUCAUUUAUUAUAAUGAAUUUUCCUUGUUUUACUCAUUGCAGUACAAAUGGUUUUCUUUAAGCAAUCCUGUAUCAAUCAGUGCUGCACGAGAUAUAGUUUCUGAAAAGUUCUUACAUAUUUUACUUUUAGUUUUUAGAAGGAAUUCAGGCGAGUGUGAAAUAUCUAUUCCCAAUUAUGUUGAUCUGUGUACAUGGUACUGGAACAUUACACUAUUAAUAUUUAGUCUCUGAUGCUUAUUUUCUGAGUCCCCUGAAAGGAAGUUUUGUACCUUCUGAGUUGUUCCUAUAAAGUGGAAGCUCAAAUUUCUCACUAUGCCACAAAAGACGUUGUAUUCAAACAGCAUGUUCUCUUACAGUAACUGAUUUGCCGUUACCUCAAAAGCUGUGAGCAGAGGUGAGCAAGCUUCGCCGAGGGAGGUGCGGUGCAGUCGUUGUUUGGGCUGGCGUUUCACUUCAGCGUGUGUUUGACUAAAGCCCUCUUCAUAAGCAAACCACGGGUUUGGUAGUUCUCUUAUCCCAGGCUUCAGCCUGCUCCCUGAUUUACUCAUCUGCAGGCCACUGGACCUUGAUGGGCAAAGUCAAAAUGCUGCAUUUAAAAAGGUGAUAGUCUUGCCAGUAUCACUGUCUUAAAGAAUAUACAUUUUCAAGAAUAUUAAGUGGGGAAAAGCUGAAAAAGGUUUUUUAGAAUAUUAUCAGUAUCUUCCAUUUCUAGUAUUCAGAUGUCAUGUGAUAAAGAACACACUUUCUGGUCUCACCCAUGAUGCACUAUACAUUAGUUCAUAGGCAACUUAUGACAUGUAUAUACUUUAUUUGGUGAUUUAGCUAUUUAUACAUUUUAUGUUUGAACAAUUUCUCAUUUCUGGUUUGUUUUGUUCUUCUGUUAAUUUGUAAGAGAAGUACACAUCACAGUGUAUGUUGUUACUGAUAUUACAAUACUUUGUAGCAUAAUGCUGCCUCUAAGCAAGUUAGUAUUUAAUUGUACAACUAAGUAAGCAAGUUACAUGUUAUUGUUGUCUCUCACAGGCCAGACCUCUUCCCAGGAAAGAAAUUGUUUGUCCCCAUGCAUUCACCUUGCCCUACACUGCCAUGUGUGGCAUGAGGACUUCCACCUGGCUGUUAGCUAAUGAAUCAAUGCCCCUGCUGGCAGAUCUGAACAGCUUUUUUUUUUUUAAACCCAGCCUGGAAUGGGAUAACCCCAUUUUCUUUCCCUCAAAGAACAUUCUUUAUCAACUAUGAUUUGGGACAUGCAAGCUACAACCAUUUGAUUUUCAAAAGCCAUCUCAUGGUUCUUUAAAGAGUUAUUUUGGAGCGUUGGGUUGUCGUGUUUGUGAGGGUAAUUGUAAUUGGAAAGACUGUAUGGAAUGCGUAUGAGAUAGACUUCUUGAAGGGGCUGACAUGGAGGCUGAGCAGUUCUCGAAGGCACUGAGCAUUCAGAGGCCAGACCCUUUUCAGCCCGUAUCUCCUCGGUUUCCCAGCGUGUGUUAGAGUACUUGCUCAGAUGCUACUGUGAAAUUCCUGCCAGAUGCUUUAGGAAGAACCUACCUGAAGGCUUGUUUGAGAAUAUAUGGUCUUUCAGGGAUGAACUGAGAAUUAUAGACUUCUUUCCUAACGACUGACCGAGAGCAGUUUUUAUAUUUCACAUGAAUAAGAGAAACAAACAAACUCGAAUGUAACACUCAGGCUUCUAGAACAAAACCAAAUCGAUAAGGAGGACCCGAGACGGGCGGGAAAAAAUGCACACGUGCACACCAAACAGAAUAACCGAACAUUCUCAACAGGAUGUGUGGGUUGUACACAGGAGUGCAUAUGUUUACACUUUGACCUCUACAGUUCUCUUCUGCCUAACCUGUUUAUGAUUUGAUGCAAAAACAAUGGGUGAUGUGAACAUUGUUGAAAGAGAUUUAAGAAAGCUGAAGCUUUUCUGAGUCUUGGUUAAUUAUAACAACUCUUGUCCAAAGUUGUCACAGCUUGUCCUUGGUGCUGGAUUUUUUUCCCACCACGCGAGACUUUUUUGUUUUUGUUCUUAUUUUUCUAUUUAGAAACAAAAGCUUUUUUGAUUCAUGUGUAUGUUGAAUGUUAUUUGACAUCCUUAUUUUAUUAUGUAAUCGAAUAUUCCAAAUAGCUAGUCUUCCACUUAGGGUAAGCCUCAAAUCUAUAGGACUUAUGACAAUUGUAUACCUACCUAGGUUGAGUUUAAUAUUUUUUUAUUGGCCUGUAAAUAGGGAUGACACCUUCUAUAAUAAAAUGAUAUUGAAAUCAUUUAAAAAAUAAACAUUUUAUGUUUCUUUCACAAUUCAA